CCGGAACCUUGGAGCCUCUUGUCUUUCCCCCCAUCUCUACACCAUCGCAUAUCUGGGCUUUCUGUCUUAAAGUUACUCUAGCCGCCAUGAUGUCCCUUCGCAUGCUUGCACGCUCUGUGCCCCGGACCUUCUCCCGAUCUAUCGCCAGCACUUCCCGCGCCGCUGCUCUGCGACCUCUGGCCCCUAAGCCCGCUCUUUUCCAAUCAUCAUGGAAGCAAGCCACGAAACCUUUCUAUCCCGCUUUCUCUACAUCGAGCACACUCAAGGAGACCGCUGAAGGUGACGUUGAGCUGAUUGCCAAGCUCGAGGAUGAAUUGAAGCAUGAGAAGGCCUCCGGACUUGAUGAUCUCGAUAGCUCCGUUCAGAACAUCCAAUAUGUCCUUCAAAAUAACGCAUGGGAGGUCAAGGAUAUUCCGGGCGAGCAAGAGGUGAUCCUUACUAGGAAGUUCGGAAAGGAAGAUAUCCGCGUUACCUUCACUGUUGCCGACCUGCAGAACCUGAGCGAACAAGAAGACUUUGGUGACUCUGCCCUCGGCGAUGAGAUGGACUUUGAGUCGCACCAGGCCAUCAACCAGGGCCGUGGGGCCCCCGGAUCCGUCUCCCAGCACCCCGAAGACCAGGUUGCGCCCGCCGACCGUGACCUGGAGGACCGCGAUAUGGAGCCCAGUUUCCCUGCCCGUGUCAACGUCACUGUUGAGAAGCCCAGCGGUGGUUCUCUGUUGAUUCAGACCAUUGUCCAGGAUGGGCUAUUCCAGAUUGAGGAGGUCUCGUAUUUCAACAAGCCCGACUUGGCUCAGGCUCAGACCGCCGAGAAGGACUGGAUCAGGCAGAGCAUGUACGCCGGUCCUCCCUUUGAGAACCUGGAUGAGGACCUCCAGACCCUACUGGAGCGCUACCUGGAGGAGAGAGGUGUCAACACCGAGCUGGCCAACAUGAUCCCUGACUACAUUCAAGUCAAGGAACAGAAGGAAUACGUCCGCUGGCUCGAGAGUGUCAAGAACUUCGUUUCUGUCUAAAUACUUCUCAACCGAUUUGUUGAUUCUUGCCGAUUCCCCCCUCUUCCCGGUUCAAAUGCCAAUUUUGAACCCUUCCAAUG